AUGGGAAAUAAUACAGUAGAACAGAAUAAUACCGUGGAACACAUACUGCAUAUACAGAUUGUAACAGAUGCCAGUUUAAAAAUACGUGAUUUAGAUUGUCAUUUGACCAAGGCAUGCGACGUGAAAACUCCAGUUGAUAUAUUUACCCAGAGCAGGAUUAAAGAACGUUUUGAACAAAACGAAUUUCGUGGACGUUUGCUGUUAGGCGACUCUGAUUUGAAAUGCUCAUCAUAUCUUUAUACACCGGUCCUCUAUGGCAUAACAUUGGCCGAACAGGCCUUUAAUAGUUCAUUACGUUUAACAUAUGAACCGGCAAGAAAAUCGUUGAAAUUAUUACAACAUCGUUUUGGUAUUUUAAAUGAUGAAUUUCAUGGUUCACACACAACUGCCCGGCAUAUUGUUAUCGCUUUGGUAUUGCUGCAUAAUAUGGCAUUGGAAUGGAAAGAUUCAUCGAUAGAUCCCGGUAGUUUGAAGGAUUAUGAAAAUCAUCACUAUGAGAUACUAACAAAUACUGAAGAACGCAGCC